GCAUUGCCGUGGAGUUGAAGUAACGUUAUUCAGUAAUAAAUUGUGUACGAUCGUUUUAACAGUGAUUCAAAAUGGUAUCCUUGAAUCCUGUUAGGAUCCUCAAAAAUGAGGCAGAAGAGGAAAAGGCAGAGAUUGCCAGGUUGAGUUUGUUCGUAGGAGCAAUAGCUAUUGGUGAUUUAGUUAAAUCUACUCUUGGACCUAAAGGUAUGGAUAAGGUAUUGGUGGCACAUGGCAGAUCAGCAGGACAGGUUCAGGUUACUAAUGAUGGAGCAACUAUUCUUAAAAGUGUUGGUGUGGAUAAUCCAGCUGCUAAAAUUUUGGUUGAUAUGUCUCGUGUGCAAGAUGACGAAUAUGGAGAUGGAACCACUUCUGUAACUGUUCUUGCUGCUGAAUUAUUAAGAGAAGCAGAAAAAUUAAUUGACCAGAAAAUUCAUCCACAAACUAUAAUUGAUGGUUGGAGAAAAGCCACUAAUGUAGCUCGAGAAGCUCUGUCCAAUGUUACAACUGAUUAUUCGGCACAGCCUGAACGUUUCCAAAAAGAAUUAUUAAAUAUUGCACGUACAACUCUGAGCUCAAAGAUUUUGGCCCAACACAAAGAAGACUUCAGUACACUUGCAUUAAAAGCUGUAUUACGUCUGAAAGGAUCUGGCAAUUUGUCAGCUAUUCAGAUAAUUAAAAAACGUGGUGGAACAUUGGCAGACUCCUAUCUGGAUGAUGGAUUCUUGCUGGAUAAAAAACCUGGAGUACAUCAACCGCAAAGUAUAGCUGAUGCUAAAAUACUCAUAGCCAAUACUCCUAUGGAUACAGAUAAGAUCAAAGUAUUUGGAUCUAGGGUUCGAGUUGAUUCAAUGGCAAGGAUUGCAGAAUUAGAAUCAGCGGAAAAAGAGAAAAUGAAGGAUAAAGUUGACAAGAUUAUAAAGCAUGGCUGCAAUGUAUUUAUCAACAGACAAUUAAUUUAUAACUAUCCAGAACAAUUGUUUGCUGAUGCUGGUAUUAUGGCCAUUGAACAUGCAGAUUUCGAUGGAAUUGAACGACUUGCUCUUGUCACUGGUGGUGAAAUAGCUAGUACUUUUGACAACCCAGAUAUGGUCAAACUUGGAAAAUGUCAACUCAUUGAACAGGUAAUGAUAGGUGAAGAUACACUGCUGAAAUUCUCAGGCGUUCCUUUAGGCGAAGCAUGUACGAUAGUCAUUAGGGGUGCCACGCAGCAAAUCCUUGAUGAGGCUGAAAGAUCAUUGCAUGAUGCUCUGUGUGUAUUAUCAGCUACUGUACGUGAGUCUAGAAUCGUUUAUGGUGGAGGAUGCAGCGAGAUGGUGAUGGCUUGCGCUGUGAUGAAAGCGGCGGCUGCAACUCCUGGAAAAGAAGCAGUUGCAAUGGAAGCUUUUGCCCGAGCUUUGCAACAAUUACCCACUGUUAUUGCCGAUAAUGCUGGUUAUGAUUCCGCCCAGCUAAUUAGUGAACUUCGAGCUGCGCAUAAUUCUGGCGCAAGGACGAUGGGUCUUGACAUGGAGCGAGGAAAAGUGGGGUGCAUGAUACGAUUAGGAAUCACUGAAUCUUGGGUUGUGAAGAGGCAAGUUUUACUUAGCGCCGCGGAAGCAGCUGAAAUGAUUUUACGCGUGGAUGAUAUUUUACGAGCGGCGCCCAGAAAGCGUGUCAAGGACCGCGGACGUUGUUAAUUACAAAAACGCCCUAUGUUCUUUCAUUGCUUUAAUUUUGUUUGCACUGCUUCUUCGUGAUACGAAUUCUCUGAUCAGAUGAUCGACAAUUUUGUUUUAAAUAUCAUCCAUUCUUGUUAAUGAACCUCAGAUUAAUUGCAACUUACUGAUAUCGAUAUACUGUUCAUUCUUCGAUUUCUGCAAAUAUACAUAUUCAUUUUUAUAGUGCGAAAUCUUUACAUUACCAAUUGAAAAGGUACAUAAAGGAAUUUGUAAAACAA